AUGAGCCAGACCACCGAGGCUCCGGUCGAGACCACCGAGGCACCGGUCGAGACCACCGAGGCACCGGUCGAGACCACCGAGGCACCGGUCGAGACCACCGAGGCACCGGUCGAGACCACUGAGGCUCCGUUCGAGACCACUGAGGUUCCGGUCGAGACCACUGAAGCUCCUGUAGACACCACUGACGCACCGGUCGAGACCACUGCCGCUCCGGUCGAGACCACUGCGGCUCCGGUCGAGACCACUGCGGCUCCUGUAGACACCACUGACGCACCGGUCGAGACCACUGCCGCUCCGGUCGAGACCACUGAGACCUCGGUCGAGACCACUGAAGCUCCAGUCGAAACCACCGAGGCUCCGGUCGAGACCACCGAGGCUCCGGUCGAGACCACCGAGGCUCCGGUCGAGGCCACUGAGGCUGUGGUCGAGACCACUGAGGCUCCGGUCGAGACCACUGAAGCUCCUGUAGCAACCACUGAAGCUCCUGUAGCAAUCACUGAUGCACCGGUCAAGACCACUGAAGCUCCUGUGGAAACCACUGGGGGACCAGUUGAGACCUUUGAGGCUCCGAUUGAGACCACUGCGGCUCCGGUCGAGACCACUGAGGCUCCGGUCGAGACCACUGAGGUUCCGGUCCAGACCACUGAGGCUCUGGUCGAGACAACUGAAGCUCCGGCCGAGGUUACUGAGGCUUUGGUCGAGACCACCGAGGGACCAGUUGAGACCACUGCGGCUCCGGUCGAAACCAACGAAGCACCGGUCGAGACCACUGAAGCUCCGGUCGAGGUCACUGAGGCUCCGGUCGAGACCAACGAAGCACCGGUCGAGACCACUGAAGCUCCGGUCGAGGUCACUGAAGCUUCGGCGGAGACCACUGCCGCUCCGGUCGAGACCACUGCGGCUCCGGUCGAGACCACUGCGGCUCCUGUAGACACCACUGACGCACCGGUCGAGACCACUGCCGCUCCGGUCGAGACCACUGAGACCUCGGUCGAGACCACUGAAGCUCCAGUCGAAACCACCGAGGCUCCGGUCGAGACCACCGAGGCUCCGGUCGAGACCACCGAGGCUCCGGUCGAGGCCACUGAGGCUGUGGUCGAGACCACUGAGGCUCCGGUUGAGACCACUGAAGCUCCUGUAGCAACCACUGAAGCUCCUGUAGCAAUCACUGAUGCACCGGUCAAGACCACUGAAGCUCCUGUGGAAACCACUGGGGGACCAGUUGAGACCUUUGAGGCUCCGGUUGAGACCACUGCGGCUCCGGUCGAGUCCACUGAGGCACCAGUCGAGACCACUGAGACCUCGGUUGAGACCACUGAAGCUCCGGUUGAGACCACUGAGGCUCCGGUCGAGAUCACUGAAGCACCGGUCGAGACCACUGAGGUUCCGGUCCAGACCACUGAGGCUCCGGUCGAGACAACUGAAGCUCCGGUCGAGGUUACUGAGGCUUUGGUCGAGACCACCGAGGGACCAGUUGAGACCACUGCGGCUCCGGUCGAAACCAACGAAGCACCGGUCGAGACCACUGAAGCUCCGGUCGAGGUCACUGAGGCUCCGGUCGAGACCAACGAAGCACCGGUCGAGACCACUGAAGCUCCGGUCGAGGUCACUGAAGCUUCGGCGGAGACCACUGCCGCUCCGGUCGAGACCACUGCGGCUCCGGUCGAGACCACUGCGGCUCCUGUAGACACCACUGACGCACCGGUCGAGACCACUGCCGCUCCGGUCGAGGCCACUGAGGUUCCGGUCCAGACCACUGAGGCUCCGAUCGAGACAACUGAAACUCCGGCCGAGGUUACUGAGGCUUUGGUCGAGACCACCGAGGGACCAGUUGAGACCACUGCGGCUCCGGUCGAGACCACUGAGGCUCCGGUCGAGACCACUGAGGCUCCGGUCGAGACCACUGAGGCUCCGGUCGAUACCACUGGGGCUCCGGUCGAGACCACUGAAGCUCCUGUAGAAACCACUGACGCACCAGUCGAGACCACUGCCGCUCCGGUCGAGGCCACUGAGGCUGCCGGAGAGACCGCUGAGGUUCCGAUCUAG